AUGUACUUUCCUUAUUUUAAUAUCCAGGCUAACAUUAAAACUGUCUUUGAAUCGUUCCAGAUCUCCAAAAUAGAGUGGGAUCCUCAAAAACCAGACAAUGAGACGAAAUCACACUUUUCGUCGUCAGAACCUAUUUGUGGAGUCCACCAAACUGUCUUGGCUAUGUUCGACUCAUCUGAACAGACCCUCAAAGCACUAAAAUGUCCUCCAAAAAACAAAAUAAUAAUUUCUGAAGUGGAGGAUAUGGGAUUGGGUGCACAAAGGAAGCGUUAUUUGUGGUCAAUCAACUGCGAGGGAUUGGAGGAGGAGAUCAACACGUUUAUGGCCCAGUACGACGAGGCCGAGAACGAGAGACGGGCUAUUGAGUUUGCAGAGUCUGGACGCGUCGGGGAAGAUGGUUUCACAAUGGUGGGGAAGCCCAGAAAACAGGCUCCGAAUGUUCUCUACUUUGACGAGGGAUCCAGGCCCAUCAAAAAGAAAAAAAAGUCAGAGGUAGUUGAGUGUGUUCAUCCACAGAGGCAUAACAAUUUUUACCUAUUCCAAAUCAGGGACAUUGAAGAGUUGAGGUCCAAGUUUGAGGAAGACAGAAAAAAGAUUCAGCAGAUAAAGGCUGCAAGAAAAUUUAAACCUUUUUGA